UUCAUUAGUACUGUUUCAGCAGUUUUCUUAGAAGCUUCAGGGAGAAGGAAGUCUCUCCAGUCCCAUCUAUUCGGCCAACCCUACCAUAGAAAAUAUACAAGACACAGCAAAAGAAAAGAAAUAAAACCCCCUCCGCCUUUUUCCUUCUCCGCUCUCUAUCUCUACCCUCCUACUUCUCCCAGCAACUUCUUGUGGAUGUGAUUCUCCACCAUCUCUGAGGCCCAUCAUCCUUAAAAAAACAAUUAGAGAAGAAGAAGAAGAUCAAAGAAGAAAAAGACCAUGGUUUUUUCCUCAGUUCCAGUCUAUCUUGAUCCCCCCAACUGGAACCAGCAACAAGCACAUCAGCCUCCAAGCGCUAGCGGUGGAGGUAGUGGCGAGGUCCACCAGCUCCCUCCGGUGUUGGCCUCGCCGGGUCCUCAUGAGGUCGGGAUGGCGGCAGGAUUGGUGAGGCCCGGCUCAAUGGCGGAGAGAGCUCGCCUUGCCAAGAUCCCUCAGCCCGAGCCGGCACUCAAGUGCCCGCGCUGCGACUCCACCAACACCAAGUUCUGCUACUUCAACAACUACUCCCUGUCGCAGCCUCGCCACUUCUGCAAGACCUGCCGUCGCUACUGGACACGCGGCGGCGCCCUCCGCAAUGUCCCCGUGGGCGGUGGUUGCCGCCGCAACAAGCGGACCAAGUCUUCCGGAAGCUCCUCCAAAUCCUCCAACACUGCUGCCAACGCUGAUCGGCAGGUGGCCGGCAUCACAUCCUCCUCCUCCCCCUCCACGGCCACAAGCGGCGGUGGUGCAAUUCUUCCCCACAUCCCCCCACCAACCCAGUUUCCCUUCAUGUCCUCCUUGCACCACACUUUGGCUGACUAUAGCGGUGCCUCCAAUCUGGGCCUGAGCUUCACUGGAAUCCAGCCCAUCGAGCAGGUGGACUAUCAGGUGGGGAGCACCUCAAGCAUCGGGCUCGACCACUGGAGGCUGCAGCAGAUCCAGCAGUUCCCUUUCCUUGGAGGACUGGAGCCCCCUCCGCCGCCACCGGCGCAACCAGUGCCCGGAAUCUACCCUUUCGAUGGAGAAGGUGGGGGCCAGGGGUUUGCCGGUCAGGUCCUUCCAAAGGUGUCAGGCUCCGCGCUUAUUACGCAACUGGCAUCGGUGAAGAUGGAGGACAGCUCUCAGGGGCUCAAUUUGCCCAGACAGUAUUUGGGUGUCCCCGGAAAUGAUCAGUACUGGGGUGGUGGUGGCGGCGGCGGCGGCGCCAGCUCUGGCAGUGGCGGUGGCAGUGCGGGGUGGAUGGGAGAACUCUCAGGCUUUAACUCUUCUUCUUCGGGCAAUAUCUUGUAAUUCCCGGUUCUCGUCUAAUAGUUCUGGUGGUAACCCUAGCCCCUGCAGGAAGCUUAGGUUUUUUUUGCAGUAGCUUCGGAGAAGAAAGAAGCACUUGUUUGCUGCACCCUUCGAUUCGUGUUGAAGGCUACCGAAGAAGCUAGGAAUGGUAGGUCAGUUUCUUGUUUCUGGGUUAAUAUUGGGCUGGUAUUUAGUUUUCUGUCUACUUUCUUUGUAUUUUAUAGAGUAGUUGAAGAAAUGAGGUGCAUGAGUUUAAUAUCUCUGACAUCGCGUUAGUUGUUAGAAAUGAACAUGAGCAAUGUAUUUCGCUUCAUUUUCUUGA